AUGGCGUCGCAAGAUUGCGAGGCGGCGGCGACGGUGUUGAGGGUGGUAAUGGCGUCGCAAGAUUGCGAGGCAGCAGCGUCGUCGAGGGCGGCAGCGGCGUCGUCGCAAGAUUGCGAGGCGGCGGCGUCGUCAAGGGCAGAGAAGGAGGAGCAGAAGAAGGUGAGGGUGGCGGCGUCGUCGAGGGCGAAGAAGAAGGAGCAGAAGACGGUGAGGGUGGCGGCGUCGUCGUCGAGGGCGGAGAAGGAGGAGCAGAAGGAGGAGCGGAGGACUGUGAGGGUGACGAGCAACGACGGGGAGGAGUUCGAGAUGGAUGAGGCGGUGGCGCGGGGGUCGGUGAUGCUGCGGCACAUGAUGGAGCUCGGCAUCGCCUUGGACGGCAUCACGCUGCCGAUAGUGAGCGGCGAGAUCCUCGCGUUGGCGGUCUCGUACCUCAGGGCGUCUAACUAUAUGGAAAUCGAGGGACUGCUGCGUCUGACGUGCCAAACCGUGGCUGAGAAGUUGAAAGGCAAAACCACCGAGGAGAUCCGGCAGACUUUCUGCAUCCAAAACGACUACCCUCCGGAGGAGGAGGAGGAAGUGCGGGAAGAGAUUUCAUGGGCGCUGGAGGAGAAGAGUCUGGACUAA